AUGAGCGAUGAAGAUCCUACAACUCCUCCCCGGGCGAGACGGACCGCCUCUACGGUCAUCGCUGAGAACUCGGGUACCAUGGCCGGUCUGCCGCGCGGCUCUGCCCACCAGACUGAGCCUACCGAGGCUCAGCCGGGAGGUUCCCAGCCUGGAAGUCCUCCGCCCCGCGAUUCCCAGGAGUCAAGCGACGACGAGGUCACCCCCGCUGCUGGGUUCCCCGCUGCAAGCUCCUCUUCCCAAUCUUUGCCAGUCCCACGGCCCAUCCCAGGUCCACACCGCGGCGCCCGUGCUAGCCGUGCCACGAUCGCAGCUGCUAUUGACAACUUUGUUCCCGAGCAACCUCACGCCGGAAACCGAAUUCGUGCCGAGGUGGCAACUACUCGACGUCGUGCCCGGUCGGUAUCUCCAGCGAGGGAAACCCCUCGUCGUUCGGUUCGCGCCCGGGCGGAGAGCCCUUUCGGACGUACGGACAAUGAUCGAGUACGCCGAGAAGUACGAGAGGCUGAAGAUGCUGCUCCUGCAGCUGAGCGUGGUACCGUUCUACCGUCCACAGAAAGAGAAGCCUUCUUCGCGGGGAUGUACGGCGUCAGGCAUGUCGGGUGCGGAAAUGACCACGAGGUCAUGCAUUCCGACGAUCCCGACACCGACCUUGCCCUCCAACGACGCCACGCCAACCUCUCCGCUCCUACCAAGGUCAAGAAUGAGUAUGAGUCCCGCGGCGGCCCACAUCUUGCUAAGAAGGAACUUGACCUCGUCAUGCGCCUCGCCUUUGUCGACCUUGACAAGUUCCCCCCGGACAUCCAACUCGAGGAGCGACGCCAGGAAAUCGUUUUCGAACAGUCCGAGACGGGAGCGCUCCACGCACUGGAAGACACACCGGGCAAACCCUGCUAUAGCUUCGGCCAAUGGGAUGAAGCUUUCGAUUAUUACACCCAAGCGCUUGUCUCCUUCUACCCUUCGCUCGUUCCCCAGCUCAACGCCUACCGCCGGGAUAUUCGUUCCAAGAGCAACCGCGCCGGGACCCGGAACUGGCCCAUCAUCUCCACCUACGAUAAGGCUCGUCGACGUUUCUUUGGCAAUCGCACGGGCUUACCCCGAUGGCUGUGGGCUUGGGCGGGACUGCUGGUCAUGUCGCGGGACGAGGACGGGAACGUGUAUCUGGAGAACUCUGCCGUGCGUACCAACGCGGCGAAUGCCGGCAUCGACACGGAAUGGAUUUCUGUUUCCAGCUCCACGGGCGACCCGAACCUAGAGUCAAGAAUCAGCGAGGCGGCAAGGGUCGAGGAACAGCCAUCCGUUCAGCCAACGUUGCCGCCAACCCAACCCCAACCCAGCCCUGAUUUUCAUUUCCAAGAAACGACGCCGGGCGCAGUGGACUACGGCGCUGCGUUCCGGUACAAUAUUGCUCGGGGUAUCCAUCUCGGCCCGCGUGAACAACGACCCCUUUUUGCUCCUACACCUUUGAUACCAACACGCGAUCUUAUCCUCCAUCGCCUCACAUACCCCGAGCCUCUUAUGACCGACGUCGAGUUUGAAGCCGCUGAUGCUCUCCUGCAACACGAUUGUUACCUGACCCCGUGCCCCAUCAAUCCCACGGUUUUACGCCUCUUGACCACCGAAUUUCCCAACCAAGUCCUUGUUCAUCAACUCAUUCGGGGGAUCCAAUCUGGAUACCCCUUGCAGUAUACGGGCCCUUGCACGGUACCGCUCCAACACAAUCACCCUUCCGCCGACACUCAGCAUCGGCCCUUUGCUGACGACAUGACGAAGGAACACGUGGCCGAUCGCCGUCGCCCUUUACCCCCUGAGCUUUUAAUGGCCCUACCGUACAAGCACUCUGUACCAGUGGCAUGCGUACCCAAGGAAACCGCCCACGACGGCACGGUCCUGAAGUGGAGAAUAGUCAACGACGCUUCCUUUCCCCACGGAUCCAGCCUCAAUGAUGCGAUCGCCCCGAGGGCUUUCGGCGAAUGCCAUUUAGACAAGGUCGACAUCCUUAUCCAAGAUAUACUUACCGCGCGCGCACAGUAUCCCAACAAGCCUUUGGUACUCUGGAAGGUCGAUUGGUCGGAUGCCUACCGCAUCAACCCCGUGCGACCCGCCAAUCAAGCCCUACAGUUGAUCCUUCAUGACGCACGCUGGUGGCUCGAUCACGCCAUGCAAUUCGGGUGCCGUUCAUCGGGACACGUUUGUUGUUUACAAGGCAACCUAGUAGCCUGGAUCCUCCAGCGCGCCGGCGUACCCAAGCCCCUCCAUUAUGUUGACGAUCACUUCGGGGUUACAUUAGCGGAACUCGGCUCGCAGACGUUACGCACGGUCAUCUCAGUCUGCAAGGCAUUGGGCAUUCCGGUGAAGCCCUCGAAGACGGCAGUGGGGUCGACAUUAGCCCACCUUGGGUUCUUAUUCGAUCUUGACGCCUUCAGCAUUUCCCUUCCGCCACUGAAGAAAACCAAGGUCCUCAAGCUGAUCAACGAUGCCCGUGCGACCGCCGCCCUUAGCCUCAAACCCUUAGAAGAGCUGACCAGCCUUCUGACCAUGGUCGGUCAACUCCUACCAUAUUGUCGGCUAUACCUUUCUGACCUUUGGGCUCACCUCGCCGUCACAAAGACUCGCCGCCGCGCCAUGCCUUGGACACCUCGCUCCCUUCAAGCGUUGACAUGGUUCCACGACACCUUGCAUGAAUGGGGUGGGAGUAGAUUGUUGAUCGACAGCAACUGGUAUACCUCCACUAUUCUCGGGGCCGCCGGUGAUAGUGGCCGCAGGGGCUUUGGCCUUGUCACCGACACGACGUUCACAUGGGGCACUUGGUGUAUCCAAUGCUACGAGCAGCACCCAUCUUCGGCCUUCGAACUGAUCGCUAUCGACAUUGGUGUUUGGACCUUUGGACCGCAGUUCACGCGCAGCAAACUCUUAUGGGCAACCGACAACGAGGGCAACGUCUACGCGUAUGGGAACAGUCGCAGCACCGACCCCGCCUCCAACGAUGCCAUUCGCUCCAUUCACUCGGCGAUCAGCGUCUUUCAGUUUGACAUGCGUCUACACUACGUCCCUCGGAAACACGUAUUCGGAUGUGACCUACUUACCCGCGGCGGGCUCACCAACUUCAAGCUUCUCCAUCCUACCAAGACGUAUCUCGUUCCUCAAAUCCCACGCUAUCUCCACCCCCGCCCCGACGGCUUCGGCCUCCGGUGUUCGCACACCUCUAGCCAAGGGGGGUGCUCCCAAUGA